AGAACACAAAACCCCAAUAUAAAAAGUUGACCGUACUUUUCUCUGGGAUGGCACUGUUUGAGAAUUAAAGCUCGGAUUGCGAUUAAUAUCCAUUUUGAUAUUCCAUUCCAACGAUUAUUGAGGAUUGGAAAGCAACAAAACUUUUCUAUGUUUGUUUGAUCCAAUCCAGCAUCAUCAUCAUCCUUUCCACAUUCUUGUCUCUCCCUCUCGUACAUAACUAAGAGGAAAGGAAGUCUACCCAGUCUUUGAAAAUUUCCCCCUUUCCUCCUCCUCCUCCACCCCUCUUCAGAAAUUCCUCUAAAUUCAUCUGGGUUUUGCUCAGCAUCGUUAUUUGGGACGCCAUGAAUAUCUUCUCGAAGAAACCCACAGCCAAAGAAGCUCUUCGGGAGAGUAAAAGGGAAAUGACACGCUCUACGAGAGGUAUAGAGAAGGAAAUUGGGGCAUUGCAAUUAGAAGAAAAGAAGCUUGUCGCAGAGAUAAAGAGAACUGCCAAAACAGGAAAUGAGGCCGCAACAAAGAUUCUUGCUCGGCAGUUAGUUAGGCUCAGACAACAAAUAGCAAACUUACAAGGAAGUCGAGCUCAAAUGAGAGGCAUUGCAACUCAUACACAGGCAAUGCAUGCUCAGACUUCCGUUGCUGCUGGCAUGAAGAGUGCCAGUAAAGCGAUGUCAGCUAUGAACAAGCAAAUGAAUCCCGUGAAGCAAGCAAAAGUCAUUAGAGAAUUUCAGAAGCAGUCUGCACAGAUGGAUAUGACUACGGAGAUGAUUUCAGAUGCUAUAGAUGAUGCUCUGGAUGAUGAUGAGGCAGAAGAAGAAACCGAAGAUCUAACGAAUCAGGUACUCGAUGAAAUUGGCGUUGAUGUUGCCUCACAGCUAUCAACAGCUCCAAAAGGAAGAAUUGCAUCAAAGAAUACUGAGGGUGUCAGUAGUUCGGGUAUCGACGAGCUUGAAAAGCGAUUGGCUGCUCUUCGAAAUCCUUGAGGAUUAUGAUAAACUCUCUUGAUUUUCAAUUGAGAUAUACUUGAUUUCGACUAGGGUCAUCUACUGUAUAUGAAGCUCACUCUUACUCUCACUCUCUCAUCUUCCCAAUUGAGCAUGAAUGUUUCUUGCCUUCUUGAGAUAAUGAAAUUAACCAUUAUGCUUGAA